AUGAAGCUAUCCGUACACAUGCUUGGGUCAGCUUUGGCUGUGUUUCAAGCCUUCCUUACAUUGGCAAUGGAGAGAAACCUUGAGGAGAAAGUGAAGCUUUUAGGAGAACCUGGAUCAAGCCAACUAUCAAGGAUAGCAGAAAAGAUAAGUUAUGGGCUCCAGACGGCCAGAGGCUCCAAACAGUCCGCAGAUAACAAAGAAUAUCUCCCCCCUAAAAUGCAAUCCUUGGGAGGGACAGAAACUCGUCUUACACCAGGACAUUUGACUAUCAAGUAUUCCAAUCCAUUGCAAAACCUUAUACAGAGCUCGGAAAUGCGUCACCUUGUACCAGAUGCCAAAGGGAUUAUCUUAAAGUCGCCUAGUCCAACACAUAGCCUGUUUACGAAUGAAAUGGAGCAUUAUUUCAAAACUGUUAACACAGCAUUAAACAUCUGGGAGAAAGCAGACCUCUGGAAGAAGCCAGAUGAGUCAACUAUUGAAAAGUUCAGGAUCUUAGGACUCCUUACAGAACUAUUGAGGGCAGUUCCUUGGAAACCAGAGGCUAAAGAGAAAUUGAUGCAAAAGUGGCCUGAUCGAUUAAAGUUGGAGUUAAAGGCUACUGAUGCCUAUUUACCCAUUGUUCUAGAGUACGCUGAGAUUAUGACAAUAUAUCUCCUCAAAUACGCUUACUAUGAAACUCAAGAGGAGCUUCCGAGUUGGUCUGAUGUCCGCGAGUGCUUUGUUCGGGCUCGACUGAUUGGUAAACAUCAGAAACGUGUCAUGGAUGAAGCACCUGGAAAAGCCGAAAAGUUUAUCAAUCUAAUUAUCAAAAAAUACUUAAUGGAACCACGACUUCCCCAAGAUGAGAACACAAUUGAAGAAUUGAUUGAAAAACUGCGCUCCAACUUGCGGGAAAUUCCUUCAGAUACAUAUGAAGGAAAGUUCUUGAUUGAACUCUUAUUGCAUUUGUUUCAGAAUCCUUCAGCUGUUCAAACUAGACUGCGUGAGCUGGAAAAAGAAACCAAAUUCUGGAAAGACGUUGCUUUACCUCAUGCCAGGACAAGCCUUGAUGCCCUGUUGAAGGAAAAUGUUCAAUCAGUUUUUCUGAAGGAAGAGAUUGCAAGGGUGAAAAAAUUCAAAACCCCACCAGCGUAUGAAAAUCUGCAGUCCAUAGUCAAAAAUAUGCAGUCUUUAACCGACUCAGGAGAUUACAAGUCUGCUAUUCAGAUCUACAAGAUAUUGAAUAUAGACAGCCUCUACCAUAGCGGUGUAGAUAAGAAAUUAUACAAACUUCUUUUCGCUUGUGCUCAUGUACCUGAUUAUAUGGCAAAAUUAUGGUCAAAUAUGCAUCCAGAACUGACAGUUGCAAAGAACAUGAAAUACGAGACCUAUGAUAUGAUGAUCAAAGAAAAUCCAGAGUAUUUUUUAGAUGCCAAGCGACAUAUCUUGGCACAUGAGAUGUUAAAAGUGGAGUGUGAAGAAUUCUCAAGACUUGGAGAAGCUUUGAAUUCCUUGACUGUCAAACCACAUCAAGAUAUCAAAAAAGAUUCAUUUGAAAGAAUUUGCCAAAAGGUUCUAGAUUCCAUUGAAUCUACAACAAUUGAUGAUGAUGAUAUUCCAAAAAGAUAUGCAAUGUCAAUUGAAACAAUUCUGAGAGUCUUGGAAUAUGAACCCCAAAGCAUCAACUAUCUCAUUGAAUACAUGGACCAUGAUGAUCACUUUAGAGAAAGAUUAUACCUAUGUGCCAAACAUUUGAUCAAGCUUAGACACCUCAUUCAUAAGGCUGCACCACAGAUGCUGGGAUUUGUGGCACAAAUAGUAAAGUCAUAUGAGGAUAUAUGGCCUUUGAGAUUUCCUGUUCAUAGAUUGAAUGUAUAUUUCAAACUUGAAGAGGAAAAUCCAGACAAAAGGGCUGAGAAGAUUAAACAGGCCAUUGAGGCUUUGAAGAAUGUGAUAAUGGAGAGUGAUCUAUUUUGA